UCGAGGCCUUCGUAGCUCCUGUGAUAUUCAAUGUUGAUUACUUUACGCUCUUGAGUGCGUGUGUUUUUGUACGUUGUCCAUGCUCGUUACUUCUGCGACUCUGCUGGCUUGAAACGUGUUUUUUUCCUCCCGUGCAUCAAACUUGGAAAAAUACCAUAAUUUUGAAACUCAUUUGGUAAAGAGAGAAGAUCAGCAGCGACGAAAUUUCUUUGUUCGAGCAUUUAUUAAAAAUAUUUCCAAUAGCUUAAUUAUGUUUCUUAAGAAAUUUGUUUUUUUUUUCCUUCGGUAAAAGGGUUAACGAAUAAAACGCGUGUGUCCAUUUCUAUUGGCCAUCCGCCACGCAGCAACGGCGAUGACACGGCACGAGCCUACCGUGCUGAUUAGCCGGCCAGGACUUUAACAUUUAAGCGCGGCGCGUUGGAUUUUACUGUACAGCAUGACGAUCAUGGCGCACGCGUUUCAGGCCACUGGUUUAUAUUUGGCGUAGCCCGUUCUCGAAGACGACGACGACGACGACGACGCAACUUGGAGAACGAGGAGCGUGUGCUCCAGCGCGGCGCCUGCUUUCCUCUGCCUUCCUCUUCCCCGUUUUUAACCCGAUAUUACGGCCUAACCUUGGUCAAUAUUAGUAGGUGGCGGAAGAAACGCACACGAUUCUUCGUAAUAGCGCUUCCGUGCCGCGAAUGUGCGAGUUAUCGCUGCGCGAGCAAUUUAACAGGAAUUUUUUUUUUUUUCGCAAUACGACAAAGUACGACCUGUUAAGUGAAAAUGAUUCAUAUUAGUUUAUAACUCUUAUUCCGUUGUUCCGCAUUCGCCAUCAGUGCGACCAUUGUAUCUGACUUUAUUUUAAUAGAAAAACAAUUUCGAUUCUUGUGACUGUAUAUUUGGAGAUGUCGCUCUAUAAUAUUUAAUUUGUUUAUUCUUGUUUUGAUGAAAGAGGCGUAUGUGCAUAUCUAGUAUUUUUAAGUGAUCCGAUUUUCUAACUCGAGCCAAAUUAAUCACUCGCUUCGCCAGAAAAUAUUUUAGGGGUGAUUCUGAAACUGACGCGGUAGUAUCCGUGGGCGAGUAGUCUGAACGAACAAACUGCGUCGCUAUUUUGUAAACGGCGUGUAUUUAUACCAAAAGUCGGAUUUAAAAUCUACGACGAUAGGAUGAUAUCUUCGAUACCACGACCUUGGAGACAACCCGAGUUUUAUUAAUAGUACUAGAGUCCACAGAUUUGUGUUCGUUAAUUCUUUAGUCAAACGUUCAUGAUUUUUAGAUCAGGUCUUUCUUUAGGAUUUAAUGAUGUGUAGAUUUUGAUUCAAUUUGUUUGUCUUACAUAUGGACGCGGUCGACUAAUUUUCUCGAGAUUAUCAGAUCUUGCUCGAAGAGCUAUUUCAUACUUUAAAAUCUUUGCCUUCUUAAAUAUAAAAAUUAAUAGAAAUAUCAGCAUCACAAUUGUUAGUGCUGUCAGUUUUUCUUUAGCUAAUCUUUAAAAACUCGGUUAUUCAUUGAAGUAAUGACUAACUUUCGAAAAAGAAUUUUGGUAACUGGAAAAGUUAACAAUCUUACAACUUUUCUCUCAUGCUGUUUUUUUUUUAAAUGAUAUCCUUAUUCUUCAGGAUCUUUCGGAGGACAUUCUCUUGUGUUGCAAAAGGCGCUUUGUAUGCAUAUAAAACGUAAUGUCUUUGUCAUUCUAACAUUUUGCUAUCUAUUAAAAAAAGUGUCAAUGUUGUUGAGUGGCCAAUAUUGGGUCGUGCAAUGGACCUACUCUACAUCGGUAUUGGCUUCGUAGCCGUUUCGCAAUUUCUAUGUGUGUCAAGGUAUACGGAGCAAGUGAGAAAGAGAGAGAGAGAGAGAGUGAGAGAGAGAAAGAUGGUUCGUCUGCGAUGGCUCAUUAUUAUGCUCCCGCAGUGAUGCGCUUUUCCCGCAACGCAUGCAUUAGCAGGAAGCAUCUUGCCCUUCAUGGACACUUUGCCUCCGUGCACCAGGAAACACGACGCACGGUGUUGCCAAGCAUAUGCUCGCGUAACGCGUGCGGCACAUUACGAAUAAGAGACAAUUUACGUAAUACCUUGGAUGGACCAUCUUCCCGUUUUCCUCUUCUUCGCCUUCUUCUUCAUCCUCUCCGCUUUCCACCUGUGCUUUUCUUCGUCUUUAUCCUAUUCCGCACAUAAGUCUGUCCUUCGCCGCGAUCGCGCGUGCGAGUUACGUUGAUCGUCGUCCCCCUCCCCCCCCCCUCUUUCUCUCUUUCUGUCUCUCUCCGUUACUCCGUAACUGAUCGCUCUCGAAGAGACGCUUUCGAGAGAGGUGGACGAAUCGUUUUCGACGGAGCGGGCGCACACCACUGCUCCCCGGUAUUUUUAGUACAACGAGAAGAGAGUAUUUGGCGGGGCGCACCAGAGUUUCGCCUUCUCCUCCUCGUUGCCGUUGUCGUCGUGUUCGUCUUCGUCUUCGUGAACGGCCGACGUCGUCGUCCCCGUUGAUCGUCGUCGUGGUUGUAGUUCAGUGCUUCUCCCGGCGGCGUUCCUUCGCCUCUCGUGAUCGGCGUGCACGCGCGCCUUUCUGUAGUGAUGUACCUGCGUAGAAGACCGUUUCGUCAGCCUCGGUGUUUUCGUGCCCGUUCGCUCUUGCGACUGGUCUCCUCGCACGGCUUGGCCACCGCGGCUCGGGCAUGUCGCGUUGAUAUUACCCCGCGAGAUUUGUUGGGACGAUCUUGAAUUCGUUCCGUCGUUGAGGAUCGAAUCGAUCUGAUCCGGGAAAUCAGUGGUGGGUAUACCUCUCCCCCCCUCCCCCAACGUAAUUCGCAAUCUGACAGCGGUCAAAUGUUCAUAUUCGCACCGCGCGACUCUACGUCGACCUCCCGGCAGGGUUCGGUCGCCCGGCGAGGAGGUCGUUUCGCGCGUUCGUCCACCACGACGAGCGUGACGCAGAUGCUGAGCGACUCCUGCACGAAUCUGCUCCAGAAGUUGACUACGAGGGUGCGCGGAACGUCCACGCUCAAUGACUGCGCCACGGCCGCGAGGCGAUCGCCGCAAUUGGGUAACACGCGAAGUCGCCUGGAAAACAAGUACAGCGCGCUUUUGGACAAGUAUUACGGCAAGAGGCACGCCGACGAUCCGGCGGAGCGGAGCGCCCGCGGUUACACGCGAAGACAGGAGCGCGAUCACAGCUAUUAUCAUCGCGACGACAGUCCGUUCGUGCGCGACGACAAGACUCUGGAGCCCUCGAUGACUCGUACCAUCGUCAAGAGUCCCACCAGCGUGAUACUCAGCGAGAAGGCUUAUCCCUACGUGAGCUCCGCGAUAAGCAGAGAACCCCCCAAGCGCGAGAAGACGCCCGCUUACAACCGUACAGCUCGGCAGACUCUACUGCAUUCGGAAGCUUAUCGCCGCUACGGCAGACACAAGUCCGGACACGCGGAAACGCGCAGUCGGAAGGUGAGGCCACAUCGAAACGGCAAGAGCGAGCAGCCGCUGGAAACUCACUCGACGUCUCUGAGACUGUCCCGGCCAGUCAAGAUCGAACCGUUGACGCUUACGGGCAGCAAGGAGAUCGCGGUCGAUCCGGACAGGACGCCGGUCGCCAACAACAACGAUGCGGAGAAUCGCAAUAAGGUCGCUCCGAAUGUUGCGGAGAAUACGUCGUACGAGCCGUUAACGGGAGAUGUCGACCCGACGAUCUCUGACCGAGCGGCCAAACGAAAGGAAAUCCAAAGCCUGAUCCUCAAAUACGCCGCCAUGGAGGAUACCUACAGCCAGUUGGCGGCCGGCGGACAGGCGAACGCACGUCCCAGCACGACCGAUCUCAUUGCCAGCAAGUACAGGAAGAGCAAUCACCAGCACAACAACCAGAAAGACGAAGCGUCCAAGAGCACGGUAGCCCCGGGUAGCGCGAGCGCGAUUAGCGAGAUGGACGCGAUCAGCCCACGACCGCCCUCCGUCGAGGACGACGAAGACGGCCACCUUGUAUACCAAUCCGGCGACAUCCUGGCAAAUAGAUAUAAAGUACUGGCCACCCUAGGAGAGGGUACUUUUGGAAAAGUUGUCAAGGUUAAGGACUUGCAAAUGGAUCAUAUAAUGGCUCUGAAGAUUAUUAAAAAUGUGGAGAAGUACAGGGAGGCAGCAAAGUUGGAGAUAAACGCUCUUGAAAAGAUUGCUAAUAAGGAUCCAGACGGCCAGCAUCUAUGCGUGAAGAUGCUCGAUUGGUUCAAUUAUCACGGUCAUAUGUGCAUCGCGUUCGAAAUGCUCGGUCUGAGUGUUUUCGACUUUCUGAGGGACAACAGUUAUCAACCGUAUCCGCUGGAACACGUUAGGCACAUAGGUUAUCAACUUUGUUACGCUGUAAAAUUUUUACAUGAUAACAAGCUUACGCACACAGACCUUAAACCGGAGAACAUUUUAUUUGUCGACUCGGAUUACGACAGCACGUAUAACAGUAAAAAGCGGAGGGACAUGAGACGUGUGAAGCGAACUGACAUUAGACUAAUCGACUUUGGUAGCGCUACUUUCGAUCACGAACAUCACAGUACGAUCGUUAGCACGAGACACUAUAGAGCACCCGAAGUAAUUUUAGAAUUAGGCUGGUCUCAACCUUGUGAUGUUUGGUCCAUCGGUUGCAUCUUAUUCGAGUUAUAUCUUGGCAAUACAUUAUUUCAAACACAUGAUAAUCGCGAGCACCUGGCGAUGAUGGAGCGUAUACUUGGUACGAUACCACAUCGCAUGGCCCGCAAGACUAAGACUAAGUAUUUUUAUCAUGGAAAACUGGAUUGGGACGAUGAGAGUUCAGCCGGUAGUUACGUACGAGACAAUUGCAAACCAUUACAUCGUUACAUGCUGUCCGAUGACGAGGAACAUCGUCAGCUGUUCGAUCUCAUUCAAAGAAUGUUGAAAUACGAACCCUCGCAACGCAUUACUCUAAAGGAUGCGUUGAUUCACACGUUUUUCGACGCUCUACCGGAAUCCCAAAGAUUACCUGAUCCGCGAGCAGCUGGUGAUUCUCAACAAUCUCACGAACGAUCACAUUCACUCUCUCGAUGA